ACAUAGAGGAACCUGUCAGCUGCGCUGCACUGUGGGUCAGCCAAUAGAAGCAAAGCUCCAUCUUGGCUGUGCACUAGCCUGCAUUACAAACAGACCAUACCAUCGCUGCAACAGCAUCCUUUCAGCCAGAAGAUUUGAAAGAGCAAUAUAAGAAGUAUGGCCACCUUGAGCUCCAGCUACUGGAAUGAAACCACUACAUCUGUUUAUCAGUACCUCAGUUUUCAAGUUCAAAAAAUUUACCCUUUCCAUGACAACUGGAAUACUGCCUGCUUUGUCAUCCUACUUUUAUUUAUAUUUACGGUGGUAUCUCUAGUGGUGUUGGCCUUCCUUUAUGAAGUGCUUGACUGCUGCUGCUGCGUGAAAAACAAAACCGUGAAAGACCUGAAAAGUGAGCCUCACCCUCUCAGAAGCAUGAUGGACAACAUAAGAAAGCGUGAGACUGAAGUGGUUUAGCACUUUAUACAAAGUGUUAGAAAUCUCUGAAAGGCUUCAACCUCUUCUGAGCAAAAAGAAAAUAAUUUUCUAAGGCCCACCCACUAUAACAGAACUGAUUCUGCCUUGAAUGGUUACAUGAUCCCCAGCAGAAAGGAAGAAAGGAAUGAAAUACUCAUUUUUGUGUAUGUAUGCCUUUCAUUAAAUUUACAGUGAAACUUCA